UAGACGACAACAGCACCUUGCUCCAGAGAGGGGGCUCGGGUUUAUUUUUACUUGCGGUCAGAGAUUGACCAUUGCCCCUUUUUAAAAAAAUGACUUGGAGCUCCGGCGCCGACCCCGCCCCGGCAGGUUGAUUGGACGGAGCCGUCUGUAAACCCGAGCGGUGGGGAGGGUUUGAUCAGGUGUUAAGACACUGCUUGAAGCCGCAGUGGUUAUUACCCCUUCGCCCAGAGGGACGGCAGUCCAAGGAGUUUCUCCCUUUGAAAAUUUCACUGCGGGACGCAAUUGUCAGUAUGCCUGUAGUAACAGACCAGGCCUUUGUGACUCUGGCUACCAAUGAUGCUUACGCCAAGGGUGCUCUUGUGCUCUGUCAGUCUCUGAAACGACACAACACUACCAGGCAGGUUGUGGUUCUAUUUACACCACAGGUAUCCAGUAAGAUGAGGCAUGCCCUCCAGUGUCUGUUUGAUGAGGCCAGAGAAGUCAACAUACUGGACAGUGGGGACUCGGCUCACCUGGCCCUCUUAUCGAGGCCGGAGCUUGGGAUCACCUUCACCAAAAUACACUGCUGGUGCCUCGUGCAGUACUCGAAGUGCGUCUUUAUGGACGCUGAUACUCUGGUUUGUCAAAACAUAGAUGAACUCUUUGAACGAGAAGAACUCUCUGCUGCUCCAGAUCCCGGCUGGCCCGACUGCUUCAACACUGGGGUAUUCGUCUACGUACCUUCCAUCGAAACCUACAACCGAUUACUACAAUUUGCAGUAGAGAAUGGUAGUUUUGAUGGGGGAGAUCAAGGCCUGUUGAAUAGUUUCUUCAGUAAUUGGUCUACAACGGAUAUCCAUAAACACCUGCCAUUCAUUUACAAUCUGGCCAGCAUUGCCUUGUACAGCUACCUCCCUGCCUUCAAACAGUUUGGUACAUCUGUAAAAGUGGUUCACUUUUUGGGACCGACGAAACCUUGGCAUCACGUGUACAGUGGGGAGACGAGGAGUGUUGUACAGGAGAAUAUGUCGCCCACAGACUCCAUGUUUAUAAACUUCUUGAACAUGUGGUGGGACAUUUAUACCACUUCCAUUUUGCCCCUAUUGACGCAGGAGAAUGGAGAGAAAAGGGAAACUCAGAAAUUGGUCAAAGACCGAAGUCUGCAAAUCCGGAGGUCGAGGGUUGAAGCCCUUGGGUUGUCAUGUCCAGAGGAUGGAAGCCCAGUGUCUGCAAAUCUGAGAGUUGGGUGCGAAGGACUGGAGCCUCAAGUAAGCACGUGGCAGGUCAGCACGAGAGGGCAAAAAGAGACUGAUACGAAUGAAAAGACACCUCUGGAGCCUCGAAAGUCUGGGCCGGAAAUGGAUAGCGAGGUUCAAUCUGCCCAUGUCCAGCCACCUCAACCUCCAGAGUCGACUGGCCUUUCAGAACCGAGAACAAAGAGAACCUUGGAGUGGUCAACAUCACAAGAGGAAAGAAAAGAAAUAUCCUCAGAGUUAUCAACAGCACAAGAGGAAUACACUGGAGAAAGCCAUGAUGAGUUUGGAACUAGAGAUUGUAAAGGGCAUGUCCUGGAGAUGGUCUGCGUUGCAGCAGAAGAGUUGCUGGGUGUCUUAAAGGCAGAUCCAUCUCUGGGGCCUAAUCAGCCAGUAUUUACAAAUAAAGUAGAACAGAAGAGUGUCCAGUUCGUAAUAGAACCCAGAUCACCGUCUCCAGAGAUGGUACAGGUAAAGGAAAUAUCUCCUGCCACAUCUGAACAGACUGUAAAAGAAGAGAUAACGGACUCGUUCUCGGUGCUCUCGCUGGGCUCGGCGCCUGUGGACCCUGACCAAGCUCAGGACCGGCGCAGGUGGGAGGAAGGAAACGUGGACUACAUGGGAAAGGAUGCUUUUGCAAACAUUCAGAAAAAGUUGGACAAGUUUCUGAAGUAGUGUGUUGGACGUCUUCAGCAAAAGUGGUUUUUUUUGCUUAUAUAUAUUAAUGUGGAUGGCAGCUUAUUUGUGGCAUAUUUAAUAUUGCCGAUUUACUAUUACACUGUAAAUAGAAUUUUGUUCUGGAUGAAUUUUUUUUACAUUUAUUAGUGGUAUUAAAAAUUCUUUACAAAGCAGUUGAUUGUAUUAGUACAAGGAAAUUCCCAGGACACAGAUGCAAGUGAUUCUGUAGAUGCUGGAAAUCCAGUUAGCUGCUUUAUUGUCAUUGCUGAGGACAACAAGAUUGCAGUGCUACUCCAGUCAGUGUAAAACAGCACACUGGCAAUUCAGAUACCAAAAACACAAUCACUAAACUUAAAAUAACAUCUGAGCUACUUAGAGUGACAUUUUCGUUACGACUGAAUUAAAAACAAACAACUCUAAAAUUAAAAGAACAGUAUUGCACAUAUCGAUGUUAUAAGGUAGAAUAAUUAAACAUAAAAAUAGCACGAAGCAUUAUCUCCACGUAAUGCACUUAUAGAUUGUCCAUUGUGCCUAUGGACUAUGGGUAGGAGGGUGGUGGGUCAUUGUUCAGUUGCAUAACAGCCCUGGGGGAGAAAAUGCUGUUUUUUUUUAACUCUAGAUGUCCAUGCAGAGAGGUUUCUGUAUCUCCUGCUGGAUGGUAGGAGAUUGAACAGGUGACUACUGGGGUGGGAUGAGUCCAUCACGAUGUUGUGAGCCUGUUGCUGACAUCUUGACUUAUAGAUGGUUUCCAUAUCUGGUAGUUGCUUCUCAAUGAUGUUCUGUGCAGUCCUGAUCACUCGAUGGAUGUGCCUUUUGGUCGAACACACAAAGACAGAUGCAUAUACACACACACACAUGCGUACAUAGAUAUACAUACACAACCACUCCGUUUUACAUAGGACAUAGAAUAGUACAGCAGAGUACAGGCCCUUCGGCCCACAAUGUUGUGCCCACCCUCAAACCCUGCCUCCCAUAUAAGCCCCCACCUUAAAUUCCUCCAUAUACCUGUCUAGUAGUCUCUUAAACUUCACGAGUGUAUCUGCCUCCACCACUGACUCAGGCAGUGCAUUCCACGUACCAACCACUCUCUGAGUAAAAAAAAUACUUUCCUCUAAUAUCCCCCUUGAACUUCCCACCCCUUACCUUAAAGCCAUGUCCUCUCGUAUUGAGCAGUGGUGCCCUGGGGAACAGGCGCUGGGAUGAAACCCUCCACCAGGAUUGGAAUGGAAGGGGAA